AACACACAACUUCAACUCAACUUACAUACCACUAAACAACCACCUCAAACCUUUCAAUCAACCUCUACAUCUGUCAAAAUGGUUUUCGGCUGGGGCGAAUCUGAGCAAGCUUACCAACAAGCCCAAGAUCCCAACCAACAAUUCGGCAAUGAGAGCCACUUCUCCCACGAGGCUCUAGCUGGUGCCGCUUCCUUCGGUGCCUUCAAGAUGUUCGAGGAUAGACAACGUGCUGAGGGCAAGCCAAUCAGCCAUCAAUUCGCCAAGGAAUUGCUCGUUGGACUCGCCGGUGCUGAGGUCGACAAGCUCGCUGAGACCAAGGGCAUGGACUUCAUCGACCGUGAGAAGGCCAAGCACCACGCCAAGCAACAAGCAGAGAGAAUGUACGAUGACCACUACAUCCAAGGCCAAGGUGCUGAUCAAUAUGAUCCCAACCAAUACGGUCCUCCCCAACAAUUCAACAACUACUAGAGUACUUGUUGAUAUGUCGGCCUCCCCGAAAGCUUAAGUUAGUAGGAAGGC